CACGCUGUGUGUGUAUAUUGUGUUUCCCUGACUUCAAAUCAGAAGCGCACACAAACAUACUGGGCAUGCAUGUUAAGCCCGAUAUCCAUCAGUUGACUGUUUGCUCUGAAGCCAUACGUUUACUUGGUGUAUUCAAUAGCUCUAUAUGAUGUAUUCAUGGUGGGCUAUUGUCGGAGGUUGAGUUGAUUGGCGACGACUUGUUGAGAAGGUAAACUUCUCCGGGAAAGUUAUGAGCUUAAUUUCGACCUCGUGGAUGCCCAAAAUGUUCAGAUGAUUGAGAUGGUGUCCUUCGAUUUAAAUACGACUGGAAAGGGUUGAGAUAUUGUUCGAGGAAAGAUUGAAUCGACAAUAAUAAAUUCCUUUGGACAGUGCCCGUGCGGACGAUCGCAAGUUUCAUGUCGCAAUGAAGCCGGUUGUCAAGGAGACUGUUGUUAGUAUCCCCCUUCCUGACGACAUGGCCCCUAGCCUCAGAUCUGCCUUUGUAACCCGUAUCUUCAUCCUUCUCAUCUUCACCUUCUCCGUUAGCUCUCUAUUCUACACCACCAUGCAGCUGCAUUAUCCACGCUCCAAAACAGCUACAAGUAUUACAAGACCGGGUUCGUUACAACUAGCACAAUCUUCUUUGGAUGUAGAGCAGUUGGAUAUUACAAACAGAAAACAGAGUGUCCACAAUUUGACGCAUCAGCUACAUCAAGUCCAAUCAAGAGACAACUCAUCUGUCCAUGAAGCAAGGUCGAGGAAAAUUCCCAGGAAAAACAUUACUUUUGUCCUGCCAAGAAGUUUCCUGAAUCAGAACAGGACGAAACUACAUGACGCAGGUGAUGAUAGUCCAAGAACUCUUGAGGAAGAUCACCUUAUCCUUGUGGAACCUCGUAGGUUAAAACUCUCUAGGGAAAAGGCGAUGAAGAGGAGAGAACUGAUGGCGUUGAAGACUCGCACGUGGGACCAGAUCCAGGCUGCACGGAAGCAGGCAGUAGAACGUAUGUGCGAUCAACGACCCGACCUACGCAACGGCACCUUAGAACGCAUCAUCAACGCCAACCGAACGCAAUUGUCGCAUUACCUCGUGAGCGAUCGUUUAGAGAUCAUCUUCUUGGCUGUCCCGAUGGCAGCGUCCGACUUCUGGAAGGAUGCCUUCAAGCAGCUAUCUUUCCCUGGAUCGCAACGUGGGAGCGGAGCAGCGGAGGAAAACAGCUGGCGAGUUCUAAGCUCAUACGACGAGACAGAAAUUCGACAACGUCUUCGAGAGUACAAGAAGUUGUUAUUUGUCCGAGAUCCCUUCGCGCGUAUUGUUUCCGCGUAUCGCCGGAAAUUCCUGUCGCCGUCAGCGUACAGCAAGCAAUAUGAAGCCAUCAUAGAGGAAACAUACCGGAAGUGGAACACGGGUGUGCAUUACAACAGAUCCUCGAACAUAAGUUUUCAAGAAUUCGCUUAUUUUGUGGAAGAUGCCCCGGACGACAUCUUUUCAAGUCUCUGGCAGCCGACGUCCAAGCUGGCAAUGCCUUGUGAAAUUAAAUAUAACUUCAUCGGAAAGCUUGAGGAAGGGCCGCCGGAGUUUACCAAUAUGCUCAAAAGCGCUCGGAUGCAUUCGCUUGUCAAAUAUGAACCGCAUUCCAAUACGCCCAAUCACAAAGGCUCCAUAUACGAUCAUUACUUCUUACAAUUAUGGACCAAUCAGAUUAAACGUCUCUACAAAAAGUAUGAAGAUGACUUUUUAAUGUUCGGUUAUUCACUACCGACAUACAUGCACCCAUGGGUUUUUGGUCGAUUCAAUGUUACGAGACACUGAUUUUGCGUUAAACCUUGAAUACAUACUCAUGGAUUUAUUGUGGUAUGUGUUUUCAUGUUCUGAAAUAUAACGUUUAUCUUUUCUCUAUUUUAUAACGAUGUGUUUAACAUAUCUUUGACAUCCUUUUUAUGUUGUUGUAAUUAGAGCAAUAGUAUUGAUUACAAUCCCAUAAAGUAUUUUUUAAGGUUGACAAUCAAAAUUAGUAGUGCAACACAUUUUAUCAUGAUUAUUAAAGUUAUCUUUAGUUUUGUGAAAGUUCUAUAUUUUUCAGAUCAGUGAUCCGAAAAAUGAAAAUAUAUAACGUGCUAUAAUAAAUGCAAUUCCCGUCAUAUAUUUGAUUUAUCAAUUAUAGGCCAUGCACUUUAAAUUUGUUGUGCAUGCAAAUUAUCAAGUUGCUUAAUAUCACCACUGGUAUGUACCGUGACGCAUAUUCUUUUCUAUACAACUGUUUUUAUUAGGGGUUGGUUACGAGUUUCUCUAUAGCCUAUUAUCGAUUAGUUUGAAAUUAUCUCGUGACCUUUUAUCAUAUCAUCUCGUGACUUUUUUUUUAUCAUAUUGAUAUUCUGAAAAUCUAUAUAUGAAAAUAUCAGCCUUAAACCUGAUACCAUGCAAAACGUGGAUUUUUCGCAAUUAGGAAUAUUCAUCUGUUUGGUACUCAAAAACUUUUGAUUGCCAGGCUGAAAUUUCAAUCAAACCCUCAUCGUAGAUGGCGUAUUAGAGUUAGUAACAUUCGUCGAGU